UCCGUACAUAGAGCCAUGACAGUAACGUGAUUUGUUUCUUCACUCGGUCACCUCACUGGGCUCUAUUACUUUCUCAAAAAAUGUGCUGGUUUCUCCUGUUGUCGUCGGUACUCAUGGUGUGUGGGGCUACCGUGUGUCCGUGUGAGAGGCUGGAGCUCUGUCUGCAGGUCCGUGAGGAGAGAGACUUUGAGGUGUUUGUUUUUGAUGUGGGUGGAAAGAUAUGGAAGUCCUACAACUGGAGCAUGGUGACAACAGUGGCGACGUUUGGGAAAUAUGAUGCUGAACUCAUGUGUUACGCUCACUCCAAAGGAGCGCGAGUUGUCCUCAAAGGUGACGUUCCCCUCUCUUACAUUGUGGACCAAGAUAACAGGACAGCAUGGAUAACGGAGAAAGUCAACUUGGCCAAAAGUCAGUUCAUGGAUGGAAUCAACAUCGACAUUGAACAAGCUGUGGAAAAGGACUCGCCUGAGUACCAUGCUUUGACAAACCUGGUCAAAGAGACCACUGAGACUUUCCACAGGGAGAUCCCAGGAUCCCAGGUCUCAUUCGAUGUUGCCUGGUCACCAAAAUGUAUUGACAAGCGAUGUUAUGAUUACGUCACCAUCGCUGAAUCCUGUGACCUGCUGUUUGUCAUGUCCUAUGAUGAGCAGAGUCAGAUCAUGGGGGACUGUAUUGCAAUGGCAAAUGCCCCUCUCUCUCAAACACUAAAUGCUUAUGACCAGUAUUUGGAUCUGAGGAUCGAUCCAAAGAAGCUAGUGAUGGGAGUGCCAUGGUAUGGCUAUGACUACCCAUGCCUCAACCUUUCCCAGGAGGGAAUAUGCUCUAUAGCCAAAGUUCCUUUCCGUGGAGCUCCCUGCAGUGAUGCAGCUGGAAAACAGAAACCAUACAAGUGGAUCAUGAAGCAGGUCAACAGCUCGUUGUCCGGCAGGAUGUGGGACAGCAGGCAGCAGGCUCCCUACUUCAAUUACAAGGACCAGCAAGGACAGAUUCAUCAGGUUUGGUAUGAUGACCCACAGAGUAUUUGUCUCAAGGCGGACUCUGUGAAAUCUAAAGGUUUAAGGGGCAUUGGCAUGUGGAAUGGCAACAUCUUGGACUACAGCGAUGAAACGGUCGCCAGGCAGCAGACCGCAAUGAUGUGGAAUGCUCUGUUAGGAUGCUAGCUGGUAUACACUUUACAGUGCUGCAGAAAUUUACACCACCCCUGAGCUCACUCCUGUUUGUUGCUAAGUCAAUAUAUCCCUUUAUAGCAGUAACGGGGUGUGACUUCCCUCUGAGUUCAGGGAUGCAUACUUGCACUUCAGAGUUUAUUGUGGCUUUUAUUGCUGUUGUCUUUUGAAUGUAGUUACAUCUCAGACAUUCCUCUGUGCUAACUGAAAUAACUGUGAUUCUCUGAAAAAGAAAACCAAUCUUUUCAAUGUGUUUUACACACACACACACACACAUACACAUACAGUAUUUUGACUGACCAAUGUUGAGCUUGAGAUUUGUGCACCUAUAUAUUUUUCAUAAAUAAAACAUUUUCUGAGCAACA